CAUAAAUCUAGGAUCUAGGGCAUUGCUUUCAAUGGUCCUCAUUUUUGGCUCCAAGGAUUUCUUUUUCAUGUGACUAAUUCUUUCGGUGGAGGAGGCGGUCUGGCCACGCCGCCGGUCUUGGCGAGCAGGUGAUUACGGAUCCCCGGUGUUUGCUGGGCGAGACGGUGAAGCAACCUCCUCCCCGCCCCCUCCCCCGUCUGGAAAGGUGCAGGAUCCGCUAAAUCGUGCGUCGCACAGCGGCGGCCGGAGCAGACGCGGGAUGGUCGCGCGUCCCCUGCACAGCAGAGAGGGGCAACCAGAGAGCCUGGGAAAGAGGCUGCCUACCACAAGGACUUUAGCUUACUUUUUAAAGAUUGAAGAAAAAAAAAGAAGACAGAAAAAGAAGAACUCAAAAGAUACACAAAGUAAUUUGACCAAGGCUCAGAAGUUUUUGGAGCCGUGAGGGAUACAGCAGUUUGGUCAAUAUUGUCUUAACAUGCUUCAAAUAAAUCAGCUUCUCUCCAAGAUAAAAUGGCAAACCCAAAAGAGAAAACUGCAAUGUGUCUGGUAAAUGAGUUAGCCCGUUUCAAUAGAGUCCAACCCCAGUAUAAACUUCUGAAUGAAAGAGGGCCUGCUCAUUCAAAGAUGUUCUCAGUGCAGCUGAGUCUUGGUGAGCAGACAUGGGAAUCCGAAGGCAGCAGCAUAAAGAAGGCUCAACAGGCUGUUGCUAAUAAAGCUUUGACUGAAUCUACGCUUCCCAAACCAGUUCAGAAGCCACCCAAAAGUAAUGUUAACAAUAACCCAGGCAGCAUAACUCCAACUGUGGAACUGAAUGGGCUUGCUAUGAAAAGGGGAGAGCCUGCCAUCUACAGGCCAUUAGAUCCAAAGCCAUUCCCAAAUUAUAGAGCUAAUUACAACUUUCGGGGCAUGUACAAUCAGAGAUAUCAUUGCCCGAUGCCUAAGAUCUUUUAUGUUCAGCUCACUGUAGGAAAUAAUGAAUUUUUUGGGGAAGGGAAGACUCGACAAGCUGCUAGACACAAUGCCGCAAUGAAAGCCCUCCAAGCACUACAGAAUGAACCUAUUCCAGAAAAGUCGCCUCAGAAUGGUGAAUCAGGAAAGGAUAUGGAUGAUGACAAAGAUGCAAAUAAGUCUGAGAUCAGCUUGGUGUUUGAAAUUGCUCUGAAGCGAAAUAUGCCUGUCAGUUUUGAGGUUAUUAAAGAAAGUGGACCACCACAUAUGAAAAGCUUUGUUACUCGAGUGUCAGUAGGAGAGUUCUCUGCAGAAGGAGAAGGAAAUAGCAAAAAACUCUCCAAGAAGCGCGCUGCAACCACUGUCUUACAGGAGCUUAAAAAACUUCCACCUCUUCCUGUGGUGGAAAAGCCGAAACUAUUUUUUAAAAAACGCCCUAAAACAAUAGUAAAGGCUGGACCAGAAUAUGGCCAAGGGAUGAACCCUAUUAGCCGCCUGGCACAAAUUCAACAGGCCAAAAAGGAAAAGGAGCCAGAUUAUGUUUUGCUUUCUGAAAGAGGAAUGCCUCGACGUCGAGAAUUUGUGAUGCAGGUGAAGGUAGGCAAUGAAGUUGCUACAGGAACAGGACCUAAUAAAAAGAUAGCCAAAAAAAAUGCUGCAGAAGCAAUGCUGUUACAACUUGGUUAUAAAGCAUCCACUAAUCUUCAGGAUCAACUUGACAAGACAGGGGAAAACAAAGGAUGGAGUGGUCCAAAGGCUGGGUUUCCUGAACCAACAAAUAAUACUCCAAAAGGAAUUCUUCAUUUGUCUCCUGAUGUUUAUCAAGAGAUGGAAGCCAGCCGCCACAAAGUAAUCUCUGGCACUACUCUAGGCUAUUUGUCACCCAAAGAUAUGAACCAACCUUCAAGCUCUUUCUUCAGUAUAUCUCCCACAUCGAAUAGUUCAGCUACAAUUGCCAGGGAACUCCUUAUGAAUGGAACAUCUUCUACAGCUGAAGCCAUAGGUUUAAAAGGAAGUUCUCCUACUCCCCCUUGUUCUCCAGUACAACCUUCAAAACAACUGGAAUAUUUAGCAAGGAUUCAAGGCUUUCAGGUUCACUACUGUGAUAGACAAAGUGGCAAAGAGUGUGUGACCUGUCUGACAUUAGCCCCUGUGCAGAUGACUUUCCAUGCUAUUGGAAGCUCCAUUGAAGCCAGCCAUGAUCAGGCAGCCUUAAGUGCCUUGAAACAAUUUUCUGAACAAGGUUUGGAUCCAAUAGAUGGAACAAUGAAUAUCGAAAAAGGUCCUCUUGAGAAACAAGCCAAGCAUCUGAGAGAGAAAGCGGACAAUAACCAGGCAGCCCCGGGCUCCAUCGCUCAGGACUGCAAGAAAUCAAACUCGGCCGUCUAGCAGCUCCCAGAACCCGCGGCUGCCACCGCAUCCUUAUAAACCUGUCAGCACGCAUGAGGGUGUCUGUGUUCAGGGAAAUGAAUGACUAAUACCAUUAUUUGAGUCUUAUGUGAAGACAACACUAUUCUAACACAAGAGAUAAUAUACAUGGUACUGUUUAUUCAACUGGGGAAAAAUAAAACUUUGAGCAUUUCCCUUGGAACUCGAGAUCAGAUCAUAACUCAUUUGCCCAGAGGCAGCAGAAAUCUGAUCCUGCUACUGGAGCUUAAAAUAACAAGUAAAGAAAAGUGUUAGAAACAGAGUUAAAAUUUUAACAUGAUUAAUAAUAGAGAAGUUGGGUUUGGUUCUGUUGUUAUGAUUGUUUUGUCGUGGUGCUUGUGUUCAGUUAUGUUCUCUCUCUCUCAUUUUAAAUAAUGCUUGACAAUUCGAAAACUAACCAAUGAUGUGCUGUGGAAUGUGAUGGUUGUUGUCUUCAUAUAGAGUCACAUGGUUUCUCUUUUUAUGCAGAUGUUUAUUAUCUUCAUCCUAUAUCAGUAUGAAUAACUAUAAGGUGCACUACAAAAAGAUGUAUGCAAACAAACAUGUUUUAAAUCACGUCAGAUAUUUGAUGAAAAAUACAAACUAAUGUUAGGAGCAAGUAGUUUCUUCAUACUCCAGGAACUGAAAACAAAGCAGUUGUGGGUUUUGAGCUCCAUAUAUGCUUAGCAAGUAAGGGGGCGUCUUGCCCCUAUAUAUCAUUUUCCCGGAUUCCACUCCCAGUUGUGGGAAUCGCGCCCACCCCCAUCCAUGUGUUGUAGCCACUCACGGUUUGCAUCAAGAGUGUUUUUCCUAACUGCCUCUGGACUUGGGACAGUGAGUAGGAUCAAAAAUAAAUAAUGUACAUGGCGGGGAAGGGAAAAUCUGUUGGAGUUGCUUCCAGCCAGCCACGCUCCGGGCCAGCAUGUUGGAAUCCAGCGUGGAGCAAAUGCAGUAAAAAUGUGGUUGGUUUCUGUGUGAA